GAUGAUGCAUAUCAAGUUAUCAAAGAGAUAGUAGCGACAUCUCUAAGAUUGUUAUAAAGCUUAGUUUUUGUUAGGGUAUAAUAGAUGGCGCUCAUUUUUUACAUGAUUCACGUCAUGUCACUCUUUGUUUGUAGUUGACACUGACAGUUUUGACAGUUAUGAAUUUGUUGUUGUGUGUUUCUUGCUAAAGUCCCAGUUGAAGAAAGAAAUAUAGUUAUAAAAACCAAAUAAAUAAUAUUCUGUUAUUAAAAGUUAAUAGUGGAAUUAUAACUAUGAAGUUAACUAUUUUUACUGUGCUAUUUGUAUCGAUCCUGAACGAAAGUCUAGCUAUAUGGUGUUACCAGUGUACAGCAGCUACACCGGGCUGCACAGAGCCCUUUAACUGGCGCGGAGUGGGAUACCUCGGCAACCCAUGUCCGGACCAAGACGACAUUUGUAUCAAGCUCAUUGAAGUUAAAGGAGCGCAAAGGGUGAUAACAAGGGAUUGCUUAAGCAAUUUCAAAGCAUUCCGGACUGAUAUACCAGCGGACACCUAUGAAGGAUGCAGACCAGCUGCAAAAGAUGUCAAUUUGGCUCACUAUGUCAAUAAUUCAAUAAAGGAGUUGGAUAUAAAGAGAGAUUGGUAUGACGAAACAACAUGGUGUUUCUGCUUCCUUGAUCACCGGUGUAACAGCGCUCCAGUCAUGCCCAUAUCAAUGGCGUUACUAAUAUCGACCUUACUGCUGUCAUUCUUCAAAAUACACCUAUUCUGACAACCAUUCAUUGUUGCCGAUGGCAUGACGUUGCGAAUCUCAUAGGUAUGUUCAUUUUAUACAUUUCAUAUUAUCUUGAAAAUCAGUACAAAACAAUCUGCCUUAAUUUUACAUUAAAACAAUCUAAAAUAUCAACAGAUAUAACUAUGAGUUAUAUUAAGCCCAAGUUAGCGACAUGAAUGUAAAUGUUUUUAUACUAGUGAAAUUUUAUAACCACCAUAAAUACAUAAGCUUGCUUUUAAUGCUAAAAUUGUAGUAGCUAAACCUUAAACUACUUUAUGUGAAUAAGCUAUUCCGUCCAAAACUGUGAAUAAAUGUAGAAAUAAGUAAAGAAUAUAGAAAAUUAAGUCUAGAUAAUAAUAGUAAUGUCACUAGUGCCUGUCACAGGAUUAUUAUAUCAAAAAUGUUAUUAUGUACAUACAAUAUUGUAUUGUAAUAGAGUAUUAGUUGACAUAAUACAUGACCUCCAGAAAACUUUAUUUUUAUCAAGGAACUUCUUUAAUAACUCGAUUUUAACUGAGUAUUCUAUUAUAAUUUAUUGUUGUCUCAAGAAACUGCUAUAAUCCUUUGACUAAACCAAGACUGUUUUAUGUAAAUGGCGUUUUAUAUUUACAUAUUUUUGAAGUAGUAUUUAUGUAUUUUUAUAAGACAAAAAUAUUUUUUAUUUCAUGAAUGAGUUAUUACUGUACUUUUUCAAUUGAAAUCAUUUUAUUCAAUGAAUGCAUUUUUUCUACAUAAAAUUUUAAAGGUCUUAAA